AUGGAGUCUAGCAGACUCGACAACACCGGAAUUCCUGCGCCUUACGGUCGGGCAUGCCACCGCCUGAGUAAGGAAUGUCGGCCAUCACAGCCAGUCCGAAAGCGCACUAGCAGGCGCUCCGAGGCUUCUAGAACUGCACAGCUCGAAGCCAAGCUUGACAGCCUCGUUUCUAUGCUCCAAUCGGGUCAUGUUAAAUCCAAAUCCGUGGCGAAUCUGCACACUGGAGAUUCGAGAGACGCGCCCUUGUCAGACGAAGCCAGGAUCUCGGCACACGGCUUCUCUCCCCUCUAUGGAGAGCAAGGAAUUCUCUCUCCGUCAACAACAGAAUCAGCACAUGCUCAACCAUCCCCAUGGGGAGAUUUCUCUUCAUCUGUUUCUCCAGAAGAGGAGGAGCAAUUCUUUAAUGAUUUCCGCUCGAAAAGCAUGGAAUACCUUCCCAUAGCUUACAUUCCUCCUCACGUUACCUCAUCUCAAUUUCGCCAAGAAAAGCCGUUUUUCUGGUUUUGUAUAAUGGCAGUAUCAACAAGAGACCUGGAGAAACGUGACGCGCUUCUAAACAAAGUAAACUACUUUAUUUACCAAAAGAUCAUCCUUGGCGUUGAGUCAAGCUUGGAUUUGCUUCUUGGUUUAAUGACCUAUACCUCGUGGACCAUAUUGUCGAAAAAGCCGUUUAUGAAUUUUGUCGGCCACAUGAUAAUGGGUCUAGUAUGCGAGCUUGGAAUCAACAAAGAUGUUCCAAAAGAGCAAUCAGCAUUGCAUACCUUCAAGUGUUCUAUCGGUUGGAAGGUACCAGCACCUGCCCUCCGAACUAUGGAAGAGCGUAGGGCUGUGCUCGGUGCCUUCCUGAUAACCUCAAGUAUUGCAGUGGCUUUGCUGAAGAUAGACGCUCUUCGAUGGACACCACAUAUGGAAGAGAAUCUUUGUCUUUUGGAGCAGGAGAAAGAAAGCCCGCAGGAUGAGCUUUUGGUCACUCUGGUACGAAUCCAGCUGGUGGCUGAUAAGGCUUAUAAUCUGCAACGUGAUGAGGAGAGAAAUUCUGCUCCAACAGCCUUCUAUGUCAAUAGUCUCCAGUCACAGCUGAAUACGGUAAAACGGCAGAUUACGCCCCAGCUACAACAGCACCUAAACGUCCUUUUGAAUCUUUCUCACACGGAGAUCAUAAUCAAUGAGGCAUCUAUCUCCAGGUUUCCGGUUCUCUCGAAUGGCCCAGAUCUGCAUCGCAUUGAGAGCCUCUAUACUUGUCUCCGGGCAGCCCAAACCUGGAUAGACGUCUGGCUCAGUAUACCACCUGAGGACUACGUAUCGUGCUCAUUUUUAAUGUUCUUCCAAUUCUCCCGCGCCCUGGUCAACUUAUACAGAAUCUCCACCUUGGAGGAUCCUCCAUGGGACAAGGGCGCAGUACGGGAAACUGCAAAUCUGUUGGAAAUUAUCGAUCGUCUAAUUGACCAGACUCAAAAGGCUGCGCAUCACCUCUGCCCGAAUACGCCUAGUCAGGAUUAUGGAAUGACUCUGUUUGGUAGAGGAGUGAGAAUGGUUCAAUCUUUGAGACAGGCCUGGGCGGCAAAGCUGACAGAGGAAAAUCCGGGGCUGCCAGAAAUGCCUGUUAGUGACUGUGUGAAUGACGGUGAGAUUGGACUAGCUGGCUCUAGUCUGCCGGAUAUCUUACCGUUGGACGGUUUCGACGAUGCUUGGAUGAUGGAAUUUUUGGCUGCAAUGUGA